AUGACGUGGCUAGUUGUUGAGAAAAUUUUGACAGCGGUGGAGGGAGAAGAUGUGGGGCUGGAAUGCGAAGCAAUUGAGUUGGCUGUGACUCCAUCGUACAAUGAAACAGGAUUUACUGAGACGACUUCCGUGUUGAACGGGAUACAAAGAGGGGCUAUCACUUUGGAAUGUUUCGUCAAAAGAGUUCCAUCCGGCUUUCCAAAUAUUAAGUUUAAUUGGUUGCUUGGCAACACAUUCUUGCACAAUGCGUGCACAAAUGAGGACGGUGCCAAGGUGGGAAAGUAUGACUAUCACCAUGAUAACCAUGGCUGCAACUUGACGAUUUACGACCUCGAGUUAACCGACGAGGGGCGCUACAUAUGCGAAGCUCAAUAUUCGGCAACGACGGUGUGGAAAAAUACAUCCUUGACAGUUGAUGUCCCACCUAGAGAUGUGUACAUCAUCAACGCCACUACCGGCGUAAUUUGUAGAGGAUACGUGAACGUCGGACCAGGCACCGACCAGAGCUUCACCUGCCUGGCCAUAGACACCAAACCCCCGGCAGAAAUCACCUGGACAUUGGCAGGGAAGAACACAAGCGGAGAGACGAGGGUAGUUGGGACGAGAUUGUACAACACAAGCAGCACGUUCACCGUGCCGUCGUUUCAGCCUGGUCAACGGGGGAAUCUAACAUGCACGGCAACUGGGGCAGGAGGGAAGGUGGUCACGAAUAUUCUGUUGCUCGGCCAACAUCAAGAAACAGACCCCUCGAUGCAGAGUCAGAUGUCUUUGAUCUUCAUUGCAGUUGGUAUAGCAGCUGCACUUCUGCUUGUUCUUGUAACGGCGAUUGUCUGCUGGAAACGCCAAAAGGAUCACGUUCCCUCUGAUGGAAACCAGCCUGUUGUUCACUACACACGGACUGGAACCGACAGGCCAACGGCGUCUGUGAGUCCUGUCUUGAACACAGUCGUGGGACCAUCAGGCAACAGGGCAGUGGAGACUGUUGUCCUCCCUGAUCCCCCGGUGGCGCAAAGCGAUAUGCCGACUACCGGAAACCAACAACCAGCCGCCACCAUUUCUAAGGAAGUCCUCAUUUAUGCAGACGUCCAUCACACAAAGACACGCCCAUUGAACGCCCCGCCCAUCCGCACAGAGCCUCCCACCCAGUACGCAGACAUCGACAACUUUCUGUUAUCAACUCCUGUCGAGACCCCGCCUCUUUUCAGAGAUGACGCCCCCAGCUCGGGCGUGGAGGGGCAGAGUGUGGAUGGUUUGGAGGAAGAGGGCAAAGAAGAGAGAGCUCCGCCCCGCCCCCUUCGGGGUAACCCGAUCCCUUAUCUGGUACGGGAUUGGCAGGUGUAG